AUGACAAAAACUACUCCUGAAUCACCUUAUGAACAUUUAAUAAAAUUUUUACGGGAAAACAUAAAGUAUCUUUACAGAGAACUAAGGAGAUUGGAGCAGUGCAUGGAACGCGACCCAACCAAUGAAGAAAGCUUCAAACAAAGAAUCGGCGAGUUCCAAAAUCUUGUAAAGGAACGAAAGUGUGUUUUAGAUGAACUUAUCGCUUAUAGAACGAAGUUCGAUAAGUAUGCAUUCACGUUAGAGGCGACGCAACAAAUAAUUAAUGAUUUAAAAAAACAAAAUGAACAAAUGACCACCGAAAAUGAGAAGUUAAAAGAAGAAAAUAAGAAGUUAAAAGAAGAAAACUCCAAACUAAAAAUGGAACUCGAAGCAUUAAAGAAUCAAG